CUCAGUGAGCCGUUUUUUCCCUCUGGCCGGCAGGCUGGGCGCGCAGGGACGCGGGCCCCCGCUGGGCGCGCAGCGGCACCAUGGGCACGGUGCUGUCCCUGUCCCCCAGCUACCGGAAGGCCACGCUGUUUGAGGAUGGCGCGGCCACGGUGGGCCACUACACGGCCGUGCAGAACAGCAAGAACGCCAAGGACAAGAACCUGAAGCGGCACUCCAUCAUUUCCGUGCUGCCUUGGAAGAGGAUUGUGGCCGUGUCAGCCAAGAAGAAGAACUCCAAGAAGGUGCAGCCCAACAGCAGCUACCAGAACAACAUCACGCACCUCAACAAUGAGAACCUGAAGAAGUCGCUGUCCUGCGCCAACCUGUCCACAUUCGCCCAGCCCCCACCGGCCCAGCCGCCCGCACCCCCGGCCAACCAGCUCUCAGGCUCCCAGACCGGGGUCUCCUCCUCUGUCAAGAAGGCCCCGCACCCCUCCGUCACUUCCGCAGGGACGCCCAAACGGGUCAUCGUCCAGGCAUCCACCAGCGAGCUGCUGCGCUGCCUGGGCGAAUUUCUCUGCCGCCGGUGCUACCGCCUGAAGCACCUGUCCCCAACGGACCCCGUGCUUUGGCUGCGCAGUGUGGACCGCUCCCUGCUUCUGCAGGGCUGGCAGGACCAGGGCUUCAUCACGCCGGCCAACGUGGUCUUCCUCUAUAUGCUCUGCAGGGAUGUUAUCUCGUCUGAGGUGGGUUCAGACCAUGAGCUCCAGGCCGUCCUGCUGACCUGCCUGUACCUCUCCUAUUCCUACAUGGGCAACGAGAUUUCCUACCCGCUCAAGCCCUUCCUGGUGGAGAGCUGCAAGGAGGCCUUUUGGGACCGUUGCCUCUCUGUCAUCAACCUCAUGAGCUCCAAGAUGCUGCAGAUCAAUGCUGACCCACACUAUUUCACACAGGUGUUCUCUGACCUGAAGAAUGAGAGCGGCCAGGAGGACAAGAAGAGGCUCCUUCUAGGGCUUGAUCGGUGAGCCCUGUAGCCCUGGUCAUGGCUCAAGGAUUCAUUUUUAAAAAUUUAUUAUUAAAUCAGAGUUUUGUGUACAGUAUGUGUCUAGCAAAGCCACCAAGGGCCUCCCCCUUCCCAUGUUCUCUCCUUGGGAUUUUUUCAGCCCUAUGAAGAAUUCUGGAGACUUGAACUCUCAAACCUUGUGCAAACCCAGAUGUACUCGAAGCCACCCAGGCUGACCUCCCCCUUUGGGGAACCCAAGGGGCUGACUAGCCCCUGCUGCCUGUGCCCUUGCUGGAUCCAUGGUGGGUGAGGCUGCCCACUGCUCCCUGGAUGGGAGCUGGUGAGAGGGUCUCUGGCUGCUGGCCCAGGGAGGAAUUGGGAUUUCUGGUCAGAGGUCCAACUGUUUUGGAUGGUUCAUUCUCCCAGAGGCUCCUCAAGCCAGCUACCCUGACUGAGCCUCAAAGACAAGGGUUUUGAAGCAAGAUCCCCAUAGCCCUGGGACAUCUUCAGUAGAGGAGGGGCAAAGUGGGUCUCGUGCAAUGAUUGUGUCCAGUGGUUUGCCUGCGCACGGCCCUGGUUUGCGUUUUCUUUUUUAGGGAGAAGGGCUUUCCUUUAGUGGAGAAGUGGAACUUGCCCCUCUGCCCCUUGCCCACUACUCCCAGCUCCCACAUUAGUGUUGGCUAAUGAGCUUGUUUGCCUCAUUAGGUUCUUAUUUUGGGUCCCAGCUGAAGGGGUGGGGGUGAAGCUGGGGACAGCUACUUUCCUGGGUGAAUUUUUCAUUUGAAUAACACAGCUUAGUCACCCUGUGGUGAAAGCCAGGACAGUGGCAGCUGCCCAUUAGCAACAGCCUGUCUUCUGGGCAGGUGGAGAAGUCCACACCUGAGACCAAGCUGGUGCCCACCUAAGUGCUAAGGCCUCUUGCUGGUGCACAUGACAUUUGUCCUGCCAAGUCGGGGGAGGUGAGAUCAGCAGUAGGGGUGAUGUGAUAAUGGUGUAUCCCACCCCCACCCCGUGUUAAUUUAAAGCUGUUUCCAAGCAGUUCACUUUCUUCUGGAGAGGAAGCCUUGCUCUGUAAGGCCCAGUGAGACAGCUGGAUCUUGGAGAUAAUUACAAGAUGGGAGUUUGACUCCUGAUUGCUUUGGAAGCUUGGUGAUUCUGUAGCUGAUUACUUGCAGCUGCUAGUUUUGGUGUCCACCUUACCCCAGUUCUAUGAAAACACAUGUUAUGUACUUUACCUGUUUUCUUUCUAAUUCUCCCAGACUGGUGGCUUGGGAGAGGUCCACGAGAAGGAAGCAAGUCUUCCUGUGUGGCCCCCACUCUUCCUUUGGGGAACAAAUAGCAGUGUGAAGAUGCUGUAGAGGAUUCUCUCUUCCAGUCCUGGUCA